CCCUGGUGCCGGCGGCUGCCGUUCGGUUUCCAGCCUCCAGAAGCCGCAGCCCCGGUGCCGCCUCCGCCCCGGGGCUCCGGCUUCCCGCCCGUCCCGCCCCGUUUGCGGGCCAUGGAGCUCCGAGUAGCGGAUCGAGAGCAGCCGGAGCGCCCCAGCCCGUCCGCCUGGUGCCUGGCCCCCAUCCCUUCCCAGAGCGAGCCCUGGAGACGGCAGCCAGGUGGCUGCUGAGCAGCGGCAGCAGCAUGAAGGCCCCGGGCCUUGCGCUUCUCCCCUGUGACAUGGAGAUAGAUAAUAGUACUAUCUCCUGCAAGCACCCGGAGGCCACCCAGGGCCGGCUCCUCCUCGUUAUCCUGUGCUCCUUGGGCUUCUCUGCCGCCUACAUCCUGCUGUGCCUCUGGGCCGGCGUGCCCUUCUGCCUGGCCUCCUGCCUGGACCCCCAGCCCUCCAUCAACUCCAGGCCCACUGUGCCGGGGCCCCUGCGCUUCAGCGGAUACAGCAGCGUGCCAGAUGGGAAGCCGCUGGUCCGAGAUCCGUGCCGCAGCUGCGCCGUGGUGUCCAGCUCCGGCCAGAUGCUGGGCUCGGGCCUGGGCGCCGAGAUCGACAGCGCCGAGUGCGUACUGCGCAUGAACCAGGCGCCCACCGUGGGCUUUGAGGCGGACGUGGGCGGGCGCAGCACGCUGCGCGUGGUCUCGCACACGAGCGUGCCCCUGCUGCUGCGCAACUAUUCGCACUACUUCCAGCACGCUCGAGACACGCUCUACGUGGUGUGGGGCCCGGGCAGGCACAUGGACCGGGCGCUGGGAGGCCGCACGUACCGCACGCUGCUGCAGCUCACCAGGAUGUACCCAGGCCUGCAGGUGUAUACCUUCACCGAGCGCAUGAUGGCCUACUGCGACCAGGUCUUCCAGGACGAGACGGGCAAGAACCGGUGAGCCUGGAGCCGGCCUGCGGGCGGGGGGCUCCCUGCCGGCGGGGGGCAUGCCUUCUCCGGCGGCUUCUUGUGCGUCAAGGGUCUGCUCCGUCAGGCGCUGGGGGGCCAGCAGCGAUGGAGGCAGAUGGGGGUGCUCCUGCCUCUGAUGGGGGACAGAAGCAGAAAGACUGUCAUUCGCUGAAUUAGCACAAAGAUGAAAAAUCCCCAGCGGCGGUGAGGGGUGUUUGGCUUUGCAAGCACAAGAUAGGGGAGCACUGCCGGGGGGGGGGGCAGCGGCCGGGAGCUCCUCCCUCUGGAGGGGAUACUCCCUGAGAUCGGAAUUGGUCUCUGAAGUCCCUGCCAGAUAACGAAAGUGACAGUUCACAGUAGUAACAGCCCUCUGCGUGCACCAGGCACUGACUUAAGCACUCUGCGUGGAAGAUCUCAUUUUAUCACACGCUCGCUGACUCCCGCCUACCUCCUCCGCACACU